AUGUCCAAGGUCAUGCGAAGCGUCAAAAAUGUGACCAAGGGUUACUCCAGCGUCCAGGUCAAGGUCAGAGAAGCCACCAGCAACGACCCAUGGGGUCCGACCGGAACCCAGAUGAGCGAGAUUGCUCAGCUCACGUACAACACAUCCACCGAGUUCUAUGAGAUCAUGGACAUGCUCGAUAAGCGACUCAACGACAAAGGAAAGAACUGGAGGCACGUCCUGAAAGCUCUGAAGGUUUUGGACUAUUGUCUGCACGAGGGUUCCGAGCUGGUCGUUACGUGGGCGAGGCAGAGCAUCUACAUCAUUAAGACAUUGCGCGAGUUUCAAUACGUUGACGAAGAUGGCAGAGACGUCGGUCAGAACGCCCUCAUCUUGGACGAGGAGAGGCUACGAGCCGAGAGAAGCGAUCGCAAGUCAUGGAAGUCUCGCGUCACCGGCCUUGAAGAGUUCGCGCCCCAGCACACCAGCCCUACCCAGCCGCGCGUCCGUCGUCGGAUGAGUAAUGAGGACGAUGCCGAGUACAGACUCGCCAUCGAAGCUAGCAAGCAUCAGGAGGAAGAGGAUCGCCGGAAACGAGCGAGCCGCGCUGCUCACGAAACCGAAGAUGAUGAUCUUGCCAAGGCCAUCAAGCUAAGCAAGGAGGAAGACGAGCGCCGCCGACGAGAGUUGGAGGAUAACAAUGCUUCGCUACUCUUCGACGACACCCCAGUCCAGACGACGCAACCCCAGUACACCGGUUUUAACCAAGGUUAUCAGCAAGGCAGUGCUGUUGACUUCUUUGCGAACCCGAUCGAUCAAAACCAGCUCCAGCCGCAGCCCACCGGCUUUAUGCCCAAUGCCUACACGGGGUACCAGCAGCCGCAAGCGACCGGUUUCCCCAACGGCUACGGUGGUGGUGGAUUUGGAAUGCAGCAAAACAUGACCGAUCCUUACGGACAGCAGCAACAGGGAUUCCAACCGCAGCCAACGGGCUACAACCCCUAUGCCCAGGCACAGGUUCAGAGCCCCGCCCCUCAGGAGCCCGUUGCGCAGCCUGGGAGCAACAACCCUUGGUCUACAGGCUCGAUGAAGCAAGGCAAUCCGAUGAAGCCCAUGCAGACGGGUUCCAAUAACCCGUUCGCCUCAUCAUUCGGUCGGCCGCAGCCUCAGAGCCAGUCUUCCAUGCCUGCUCUUAGCGCCCUCCCGGAGCAAAAGACCCUGUCUACCUUUAGCCAACCCAGCUAUAGCCAGCCCAGUUUCAAUCAACCUCAGGCGACUUCUAGCCAAGGUACCAACGCUUUCGGCACCCCUCAAAAGGAACUCACGGAACACGAGGUCAAGCUGAAUGCUUUGCUUGCCGGAGGAGACGGCAUGGAUACGUUUGGUAACACAGGUCAGACGCGCAUUCCCGCGCAGCACACGGCCCCUGGGACGUUUGUCAACAGCGCGGGCACCGGGGCGCAACGCCUCACGGCGGAGGCGACCGGCAACAACCCAUUCCUCCGAUCGCAGUACACGGGCAUGCCCAACAUCUCAUAUGGAGGUGCACAAAUGCCUGCGGCGACGGGUCCCGCCGGCAUCAAUGGCAGCAACAACCCGUUCGCGGCAACGAGGCCACAGCAGCAGAACACUCAGCCGCAAGACCUCAUCCAAUUUUAG